AUGCACCUCUGGUUUCAUGACACGCGCUUAGGACAGAUUCCCAUCAGCACCGGGAGAUCCCCUGCCUUCCUUCGCACCCUCCAGUCCGCAUUUGACCGCAUCAGCGACCUCAGCAUCAAUAUCAAUACCAUACAUAUCAUUGGACCCGAAGUCGCGUCGCGUCCACUUUCAUCACUAGAGACCUUGGACGUAUCGGCACACCAACGUCAUUCUGUCUGGCCCCUAUUGAAUAGCCCUGUGACGACGGGUAAAACCGAUAUAGCUACGUCGCUUGGAGCGCAUUGCCUGAAGAGGCUCACUGUGUCAUGCUGCCUAGACUCUGUUGACUGGACCCUGUCCAUCUACGCCAACUUACGCAUGAUAUCGCUCUCUGAUCUUCGUGUACCGCCAGGCGUCUUGCCUGCACUACUUGCGAGUCUACGCUCUCUAAGAUUCCUCGAAACCUUACAACUCAUCCAUCUGUCGGAACUCGAGAGCGACAUUGCUCAAGAGCUGGAGUCAGAGAUCCCUGUCGUAGUGCGUUCUUGCAAGGAGUUGUAUCUCGAAGGAGAGAAGGGUUUCAUUAUGUCUUUCCUCAACAUACUUCGCCUUCCGUCCCCCGCCCUCGUCAGAACGCGUGUCAGGUUCAUGACUUCCGCGACUCCGCGGUCUUCGGAAGCAUUUUUCGCUCAGCUCUCGCGUGCUAGCUAUGUUAUCGACGAUGACAAGCCCAGUCCAGACGUUGCUUGGGCCAGCUUUCAUCAUCACAGAGCCUCAUCUGCAAACCCUAUCAAGCUAUUAACGCCGGUGCAAAUCGUCCGCGAUACGUGGACCAUGCGCCUAUCCCACAAGGCCCCGUCUCCCAAACCUACAAGGUUGUUGGGCACAGAUUACGAUCGCGAACUCCAAGUCCUAUGGAGUAACGAUCUCAGAGGCGGUUACAAUGACCACGCUUUCCUCGAUGACUGCACCGCGGCGUUUACAUCCGUGGCAUCCGCCGCGCGUACCAUCCGCGAGUUGCGUUUCGCAGCGCGCACUCACUACGCGCCCAUCUCCCCUCUCUUCCUACGGCACUGCUUCUCCUCUUGGACAUCUGUCGAGCGCAUAUAUGCCGAAGGGACGAUAGCCGCGCAUUGCCUAGUCAGCGCGCUUGAGGCAGUUCCACGCGGAAUGGAGCCGCUCUUCCCUCGCUUGAACGAGCUCAUACUGAUUGAUGCGCACUUUGAGCAGGACGGUCUGGGUGCCAAAGGUGCGCUUGGAGCACAGCUGCUGGGAAUGCUCGCCGAAAGGAGGGAUGCGGGAUUUGCAUUGAAGACCUUGAGGCUAUCGGACGUCGAGGCAUUAAGGAGGGAGACGAUGUGGUGGAAUCUGAUAUCGGACAUGGUGUCAGUUAUACCUCUACACGCUUGA